UUACAUUAAUAUCGUUUUUUUCUUUUAUGUGUGUGCAUCAUUCCCCCCAGUCUCUUCCUCAAACUCAUCAUCAUUGCUCCGCCCCAUCCUUUCAUUUUCAUCCCGCUCUCUUGUCUCUAGAAGAGCGCAUCUUCUGCUGCGUUCCUCAAUCCUUUGGCUCUACUAAACAUCAGUUUAAAUCAACACAUUCAUUGAUUGAAACCCUGUGCUACACACUUCAUAACAACUGCCCAGAGGACAAUUCUAAAAAAAAAGACGGAGUCAUAGAGUGCUUGUGAUCAGAUGUCUUCAUUAGAUACAAGGGGAGCAACAGCUCCUUCGGACCAGACUGUGUCAAGUCCAUCCAAUGGUUUAACAGCAGAAAGCACUGUGGGUGAUAGCCUCCAAUCUAGAAACGAUCCUGGAACGCAACUCUCCUCACGCACUAUAAAUCAGAAUCAGGGUACGCAGAGAGAAGGAAAUAAUACCUCGAAUACAGAAAACAACGAUGAUCAACCUUGCCAAUCUUGUGGAGCUUUUCCAGCUAAGUUUCAGUGCUCAGCUUGCCAAAGUGUACGAUAUUGCUCUCAGGAAUGUCAAGCUGAGGAUUGGGGGAUACAUUAUCGAGAAUGCGCAGAGAUCCUUGCAGCAAUGAAGCAGGAGGAGGAACAAGGACGGCAAAGGAGUGAUGAAGAGAGACAAGACGUAGAAGGCGGGAAUUCAGGAUCUAGGGAUCGGAUAAGAUCACGUCUACCACCAUCAGGUGGCAAUGUCUUGGGGGAAGAGGCAGAAAAUGUUAGGGCAGUUGCGAACCAACCUCGAAGGCGACCACGAGAGCCACGAAGACGACCUCAACUCACCCCAGAACAACGGGCAGCAUACGAGGAGGCCGAAAGGAUUGCAGAUAUGAAGUUUUACAUGUUACAAAUCUACAAGAUUAUUAAACCUGUUGUCGUUUGUAUUUGUCUGAGUAUUCUUUGGGUCAAGAUUUCUAUGGCAGGAAGCGAUUACAGGCCAACACAAUCUUCAUAUACAGUAUACAGAGAAUCUCCAACCUCAACUCCAUCUCAAAACUUUUUGGGAUCAUUGGCGAAUGCUGGAAUCAUCAUUGGCCAAAUCGUUGUUGUCACUAUUAUUAUUGUAAUCCUAUUCAAACGUGGGCAUAUCAAGGUUCUCAUUGGAUUCUUCAUGAUCGUAGUCGCCAUGCUCCUUGGCUUCAUGGGUUAUAUUUUAAUACUGAAUUUGAUCCAGGUCCUCAGGAUCCCACUUGACUAUUUAACUAUGUCAUUCGCAUUAUGGAACUUUGCAGUUACGGGAUUGCUAUCUGUUUUCUGGAAAGGACCUAUGUGGCUUCAGCAAGUCUAUCUCACUAUCAUGAGCAGCUUAAUGGCAUUUUCAUUGACAGGCCUUGCUGAGUGGACCACGUGGAUGUUGUUGGCUUUACUGGUUGUCUGGGACCUUAUCGCUGUGCUCUGCCCAUUUGGUCCACUGAAAAUCUUGGUAGAGAGUUCAAGAAAUCAAAAUCAAGAAGUCCCUGCAUUACUCUACACCGUCAAUGCCGUUUGGUUCAUGGCUUCGCCACCCAACAGUGUACUAGAUCGUGAGGCAAAUCGAGUCAAAGAACUUAAUGAGACAAUGGGCGCAUCAUUUGAAAGAGAUAGCAACACUAGCAGCAGUACUGUAUAUAGUGGUGGACAUUCACGUGCAGCAGGCAGAGAAGGUGGUGCAAGUAUUAGUAGCAGCCACACAAGUGGUCCGGAUCCCAUGUUCAAUAUUGGAAGUAGUCGUAUAUCGCGCACCUCGUCCACCAUAGCGCUAGUCCCGAAUACAGCCGCAGCUCCAGGCGAUAGCAACAAUUUUGAGAUGCGAGAACGGACACGCUCAGGGGGAUCAUCCACAAGCCCUCUUAUAGGGCUCAAUGACUCGGCUGGAAAUGGAGCAGGCUCGGUUCCUAGGCAGCCACCUUCGGCAAGACAACGAGGUGAUGAGCGGGAUGUUGGAUCUAGAAAUCAGGCACAGGAUGAGCAUGAAGAGGAUGGUGAUGACGAUGAUGAUGGAGGCUUGAAAUUAGGAUUGGGAGAUUUCGUAUUCUACAGCGUAUUGAUCGCUCGUGCAGCCAUGUUUGACUGGGUUACGACCAUGUGCUGCACAGUUGCAGUUCUGACGGGAAUGAACGCGACUAUCUUCUUGUUGGCGAUUUAUCAAAAGGCUUUACCUGCACUCCCCAUUUCUAUUUGCUUCGGCAUGCUAUUUUAUUUUGCUACACGUUUUGCACUGGUGCCUUUCCUGGCAGCAAUAGGUCCCAGUCAAGUGUUUAUCUAGAGAGAGCGACAUGUCUUUUCAUUAUCUGUA